UAUGUACUGAAACGUGAAAUCGAUUUCGAUCGGAAAUGGAGAUCCCGGAACAACUCCUGGUGUGCGGAUUUUGUCACAACAGCUUAGAGUCGCCUAAACUUUUACCAUGUCUUCACACUGUGUGUUGGAAGUGUCUGGCUACGAAAAGAGAAGGUCUAACGAAAUGUACAACCUGUCAACAACCAAUAGAAGGACUCGAUACCGUACCCUCUCUACCCGACGACAAAUUCAGCAAAAGUCUCAUAGAUUUUGCCAGAAUUCCAAAUGAAAUUGACGAGGAGACAACUGAAUCUCUUUCAAAAAUAUUGGAAGAGUUGGAAACGCAACAAAACGCAGUUUCUAUCGAUCUGAAAAAAUUGAGGGUUAAGUCGGAGGAAGCGAGUUUUGGAGCAUUUAAGAAUGAGAGAAAUUUCUUUAAAGUGAAGAAAAAGGCCGAAAAUGAAAUUAAGCUAAAAAUAACGGACCUAAGAAAACGGUUUGACAAGUAUCUUCUGGAGAAAGAAAUAGAGAUGAUGGAAGAGCUAGAUAACGCCUUGGAUGACGAAGAGUUUGACCUUUCUCAGUCUGUAAUCUGGAAUCGUUCAGUUAUGGGAUCUAUUGAAAACAAAGAAGAACUGCUUAAUAAGUGUAAUCUGCAAUCCUUAAACUCGGCACCAAAGGCUCUGGCAUACAAGAGGGUCUUAACGGAAAUGAAAGACCACAUAUCACAUAUUGGAGGAUCUAUUUCAAAGAAAAAUCCUACAAACUUGGAAAUAAAUUUCAAAUACAACCAAGACAUUGAAGAUGUGUUUACAAAACCUGUGGGGAGCAUUGAGAUUCGGAAAUCUGGAAACAAUGUAGAAGAAGAAGCCAAGAGGGAGUCGGCCACGGCACCGUUUGAAAAUGCUCCUUACAAAAAUGCGGUUUAUCUUAGAACAUUCCCCUCACUUUUACCCGAGGAUAGCAAAGGGUACGUUGUAGGGAUAGCAUGGGUACCCCCCGAUCGCCUAGUUCUUGUCGACAAAUGGAACGGAAAACUGAAGCUGUUUGAUGAAAAUGGUCGUCUCAUCAACGUUAUGGUAUUUUCAGGAGGCGAGCCGACAGACAUUGUAUACACCAAGGGCACAAACAUCCGUCAUUUAUGUCUUGUCACCAUUCCCAGCGGGCGACUUAUUUUGCAAGUUGCUGUUGAGGAGAAUAUCAUAAGGUUAUCGAGUCGCAUUGUAACUGUGACGGGAUACUCCAGUAUUGCGUACGACAAGGUUUGCGCCAAACUUAUCUGUGGCGUCUGUCAGCCCUACGGAACUCCAAGAAUUGAUAUCGUCAGCGCCAAUGGAGUGGUAGAGUUUACCAUUGCUACCGAUUUACAGCGCAGACCUCACUUCAUCUGUCCGCGUUCUAUUGACAUAUUCCUCGGUAUCAUUGCUGGCUGCGAUUGGCAAAAGAAUCGCAUUCUGUUUAUUGCACGUGACGGGUCAAUUCGAGGGUCGUAUUACGGAAGCCCACAAGCCCCGCUUAUGAACCCUGUUGGUACUACACUGGACGGCAGGGAUCAUCUUUUGGUAGCAGAUUGUAAAAGAAACAAAAUUCACAUCGUUUCUUCUUCUGGCGAACACUUGGGAAUCUAUGAUACGAGUGAUCACGUCAAGGACCCUCGCGAGAUUAACGUUAUAGCUCAUGAGAAUUCAGCAAAGUUGGCAGUUUCUCAUGGGGCGGGAUAUGUGAGCAUAUACCAACUUACUGACACACCGCCUGAAGUUACGCUAAAAGCAGGUUCAGUUUCAUCAGAGGAUUCACACAAGCAGUAAAAUUUUACAGGACUCGGUGAUAAGUCAUUUAUAAUAUCGUAUGGUGAAACGGCCCAAGAUAGUUAUAUAAAAUUAUAUAUUUAGCUGUACUAGCUUAAAGGGCAUUGGUUCGUAUAACUUUAUAUUAUUUUUUUAAUACAAUUUCGUAUGCAUUUGGCUGUAUUAUAUGCUGCUUUUUCUGAUGCAUAUACAAUUAUAUUGG